AUGAAGAAUACGUCGAGAAAACGGAGCAGCGUUGGCAAACAGCAGUCGCGGAUAGAUGAGCGGAAAAAGACGCUCAUGCAUCAAGUGGCUAUUCACUGGAACGAAUGUAUCAGUCUUGCCGAAGAAGAAAAGGCUCAAGCCAACGAGGUGAUAAAGCAGCUCAGUCAUGACUCCCGUCAGCUGCAAUUACGGUUGCAUGAAGCUGGCCAAGAACUGGACAACGAGCGCCGCGAGCGCCAGGACGCGCAGUUGAGGCUCAAAGACCUUGAAGAAAAAGACAUGCAGAACAACGCAGAAAUACUCAAACUGACUCAAGAAAAAGCUUGCGUCAAGGAAGAACUUUGUUUAGCUAAGGAGCGAGCUACCUCUCUUUGUUCCAAGUAUCGAGUGUAUCGAGUAAAGCUCAAUGAAGCCAUUCUGGAGCAGCAACAGUUAUUUACCCAGGCAAAAGAUUUUUACAAUGAGUCUAUCCGUCAACUACGCCAGGAAUUUGAGGCGCGAGUUGCUGUUUCAAAAACCAUGGAAACAGGGAUUGCCGAAGGUCGUCGUAAGAGGGAGCAGAUGAAGCGUUGCUUUGAAGAAAUGUGUGCCAACCUCGAACAGCAGGUGAGGGAGAAGGAGGACUUGAUAUCGCAGCUGCAGGAAAAGUCCAUUCGACAGGAAGAAGUUCUUGCGGCUGAAAAGAAGUUGUCUGAAGAAUUAAGGAGCUCACUUAAUUCCAAACACGCCAAUAAUGACGUGGGCAUGGAGAAUCUAUCAGCCUCGAUGUCGAAGCUGCAUGACUUGCUCUCUGAAAAAUUCGCCACGCCGCCAGGGGGCAAUGAGUCGUUUGUUGAGAUUUGUUGCAGGCUCCAGAGUCUCGAACAGCUUAUCAAAAGCCGUGCCGCCGAAAUCUCAGAGGACAACAAUAUUGGAAGCAUUGCACAAAGUCUUCAGCAGAGUGUUUCUGCCAAGAUAUCGUCUGAACUCAGCGCCAUAGCUGACAUGCAAAGGAGCGCAUAUGACACUGUUGCAAGCAUUGGCAACGCUUGUCAGUCAGAACUCGGAUCCAUCGGGUUGAAACUGAAUGCCUUGUCUCAGCAGCAGGUAGGACUUUACGAGACGGUCAAAUCAACAGCCCUGGACGCUUCCAACGCCAUUGGAACUGUCAAAGAAGAUGUCUCGUCGAGCCAGAAGAUCUGGAAAAGCAUGUGCCACAACCUAGAGGACUGGAUAACGGAAUCCCGUCGUGUCAACAUGGAAAAACACGGCUCCUGGAAAGACAGCAUCGUUCUGCAGCUCAUGCAGCGCAAGAAUAUUAUCGAAGAGAUGAGGCGAGGAAUGACGGAAGCAUCGCAGUCCUUUUCCACGAACCUCAAUCAAGUAUGUCAAGCAUUGGCGAGCCAAGACGAUUUCGCGCAAAAGAUGAAGACCACAGUGGACGAGGUUCGCGGCGUUUUGGAACAUCGGAUGGUUCAGGGGCAAGAAAAAGUGGACCAUGACCUGAAGCAGACGCAGCGUACGCUGGACCACUUACAAACUCAGAUUCGUGCGAUUAGCGAUCAGCUAGUUCGCGUUGAUUCGUCUGCCUCAUGCUCAGAGAAGCCCAAGUCGGUGGAGGUGGUCUCUUUACGGGAAAAGAUUCACCAACUGGAAACAGAAGCAAAGGUGACCAUGGAUCUACGGAAUCGUUGGCAUUCUGACAUUGAGAUGGUCGAGUCAUUAAGACACAACCUGAAGAUCAUUCCAGAUAUAGUUGUGGAGAUGGAUAAAUUCAGCCAGAAUCUUGAAAGCCUUUCGGAAGUUGACACUUUUUUCAAGAGUUCAUUCGAUUACCUCAGGAAAGAACACCAAUGGGUCAAGCAUCAGUUGCAGAACCAGUCGGGAAAGGACAAAGAUGACGGGCCUGAUGUGACGAGGACGUCUGAAGCCGGCGGCACAUUGCAUGGUCAAUUGGGCCAAGGCGAACACAACAACGACAACGGUGGGAGCAAGGGUUCCAGCGACGUGGCUCAGAAGUCUUGCUCGGAGCAUGUGAAGAAUGGUUCAACUUUAUCCAGCGCCAGCAUGACGGCAACAAAGCGAGUCCAAGUCCACAGUCCGGUGGCGGAGAAUGACUCUCUUUCACCCGCUCCUUCCGUUCAGCAAGAGCAAAAACGGAGAAGAGAUUCGGUUCAAGUACGUUCGAUUUUGAAGGCCACCGCUCCGUUGGCCCCUCUCGAGUUAAUCGAAGGGGAAGGAUUUUGCCAGGAGACUCGUACUGAGCUUGGCACGGUACAAGAGCCUCGAUGGAGCAUUUCUGCUUCGAACAAGAGUUUGGCCGGCCAAAGAAUUAUUCACGAGCUCUCUUCUGGGUUCACGGUAGAGAAGAAAAGCGAAGUGGUGUUUAGUUUGCCAAGGGUCACCGACUUUCAGACAACCAUGUCCAUGUCCACAGAAGGAGAGCUGCAAUUGGACAGGGAUAAGCCGAAGGCCAAGCGCCUCAAGUUGUUGGAUACAACCAUCGACUCAAAGAAGCGACCGAAGUAG